UCUGUCAUUAGCUAGGUGUUUGUGAAAUUUCCGAUAUACUUUCGGUUAUUCGAGUUCGUGAAGAAAAUAAAGGCUAUUCUUUAACGAUGAAGGACAAAGGUUUAUCAAAACUCGACAGCAUGGCUGAUGUACGGGAUAUAUUAGAUAUCGAGGUACCUACCACUAGUGAGCUUACAAAGGAAUCAAUUAUAGGCAGUGACAAAAAGAAUCGAAAAAAAUAUGAAUACAAAGUACCAAAAAGGCCAGAAGGCAUGCAUCGUGAGGUCUUUGCAUUGCUUUGUAAAGAUAACAAUGAUGUACCACCGCUGUUUCCAACGGAUACCGCGAAAGGAUAUAAACAAGUUAGAGCUAAACUUGGCAUGAAAAAGGUUAGACCAUGGAAGUGGACACCAUUUACUAAUCCUGCUAGGACAGACGGUGCUGUCUUUCACCAUUGGAGACGAGUUGCAGAUGCUGGGAAGGAAUAUCCUUUUGCCAAAUUUAAUAAAAAGGUUCCUAUUCCAACAUAUACCAAUGCAGAAUAUGUUCAGCAUUUGGUUACAAAUGGUUGGACAAGAGCAGAAACCGAUCAUUUGUUUGAUUUGUGUAGGAGGUUUGACCUAAGGUUUAUCAUAAUCAAAGAUAGAUGGGAUUGCACAAAGUUUCCUGCAAGAUCUGUAGAGAAUUUAAAGGAAAGGUAUUAUCAAGUAUGUGCAGCUUUAACAAAGGCAAAGUCUCAUUCAGAUAAGGUUUAUAUAUUUGAUGCUGAACAUGAAAAACGUAGAAAAGAACAAUUAAAAAAAUUGUUUGAAAGAACACCGGAACAAGUAGAAGAGGAGCAAAUGUUAUUAACCGAAUUGAGAAAAAUUGAACAAAGAAAGAAGGAGAGGGACAGAAAGACUCAAGAUUUACAAAAGUUAAUAACAGCUGCUGAUCACCAAGCUGACCCAAGAAAGAAUGAAAGGAAACCUGCCAAAAAAACAGGAGCUUCUGCUCGAAAUAGACCAAAUAAAGCUGAUACAUCUCAUACAGUAGAAUCAGCUGGAAUUAAAUUCCCAGAUUUUAAAAAUAGCGGAGUUUCGCUUCGUUCUCAGCGAAUAAAAUUACCAAGUAGUUUAGGUCAAAAGAAAAUGAAGGGUAUCGAACAAAUGCUCAAUGAACUUCGUAUAGAAUUAAAUCCACCACCUACGGAGCAAAUAUGCCAACAAUUUAACGAAUUAAGAAGCGAUAUCGUUUUACACUACGAACUCCGAAGCGCAUUAUCGACGUGCGAUUACGAAUUGCAGUCCUUGAGGCAUCAAUACGAAGCUUUAGCACCCGGAAAGACACUGAUGAUACCACCUCCUCUGUUACCUAAGACAGAACCUGAAGUUAAAGCAGAUAUAAUAGACGUGGUCGGUUCACCUAGUAUGCCAUCUAUUACACACUAAUUUUUAGAAUAAGUUAG